GCUCUGACUGCUAUCGCGGGAAAUGUUGACAGCGACGAAAAACCAACUUUCGUUUUUAAAUUAACUGAUUUUUUAACGUCAUAGUGCCAAAAUAAUUUUAAAAAAUGGCAGCCAACCAAAUUCCAAUUUAAUGUUGCAUAAAAUUCUUAAGUUGGGCUACAAGUAAGGACGAUCAUCAACUGGAACCUGCAGAUCUAAAAUGUCUACAGAGAGAAGAAAAUGCUUAGUUACUCUUGGACUCUCAGAAGGUGCCACAGAAGAUGAUAUUAAAAAGGCAUACAGGAAGAUGGCUUUACUUUACCAUCCUGACAAGAAUGGCAGUGAAGAUGCUAAAGGAAAGUUUCAAGAGAUUGGAUAUGCCUACAAAUACCUUACAGAAGGUCCUAGUGCGUUUGAAACCACAAAUCCACAUGACGUCAGGGAGGAACUUUUACGGCGCAUGUUUGAAGAGAUGUUUUUUGCCCAGUUUCACGGUCCGUUUGCAUUUUUCUGUGAAGACAGUGACGAGGAUGAUUACUACAGAUACCAUGAUUCCAGUGACGAUGAUUAUAAUGCCUCAUACGGUACACAUGAUGCAUAUGGCCACACUAGAACAUUCCAAAACACGUAUGCAUCACAAACACCUUUACACCAAAACUAUCCUCAAGUAAGCAAGAAACAGAUAAGGAAACGGGAGAAAAGGCAGAGACAAAAAGGAUCAAAGCCGCAAAAGUCAAAUAAGAAGCAGAAAAAGAAGAUAGAGUCAGAACAGAGAAAGAGAGAGAAAGAGAUGGAAGAAAUUGCUGCUGAACUUAAGAAGAAGCAUGAAAGGGAAAUGGAAAAGCAAAAAGAGAAAGAAAGACUCGCUGCACAGAAAAGAGAAGAAGGAAAAGAAAAUGAGAUAAAUUUUAGUCAUUUUUUUGAUACUGGAAAGAAGACAAGAAAGGCACGACAACGAGAAAAGAAAAGACAAGAGUCUGGUAUAGGGGCUACACAGAGGGACAACUCGGGUAGUUCUGUACAGUCAGAAAAACCAGACAAACCAUUACAUCGAGUGAAUACAAACACAAACAGUACUUCCAGUAAGAAAGCUAAAGAGAAGACUGGAGUCAGCAUAAAUAAAACACAGGAGCGAAACAGAAUGCCUACAAAAUCAGCAAAGCCAGGAAACAGAUUUGUUAUCUUGGAUGAAAUAGAUGAUAUAAUACGGCCAUUGUCCAGUACCUCUAUUUCUUCUAAUGAUUCAGGGAAUAAUUCUCAAAAAAAUGAAGAUGGUAGAUAUAGUGGUAGAUCUCAAACCAAUGGAACAUUUAAGAGUUUUUCAUUCCGAAACACCAAUAUGAAUCAGAAUAAUUCCAAUUCUAAUCUCUGCACUGAUUUUUCAAACACUGAAACCAUUCGUGAAAGAGAUAUGAAGGGCAAUGAAGGAUUUGCUAGACCAGGAAAUAGAAUAAAUCAAAAUGGUCAAAACGUGCAGGAUAACUUCAUGGGAAGAAAUGUACGGCAACCAUUUAGUAGGAGCAGUUCAUAUGAUCCGAGUGGAUUUAAUGCGUUUGAGGGAGAGAAAGAGAGGCAGUUUGUACAGGACUGGAGUGUAGGCGUUGAUGACGAUGAAGAUGACACCGGUGAUAAUUGGUCAAAUUACGGCCAGUCGCAGUUCACAAAUGAUCAAACUGGAGCACCAUAUGGUUAUGGUACAAACCCUGUACCUGGCAAGUUUGGGAACGGCUAUAAUGGUUGGAAUGAAGCAAGAGGAGGUUCUCAUCAGCCUCGAGGUCAUCAGAAGAAAAAAGAAUUUGUUCCAAGAACAAGGGGUAACCAUGGUAGGCCUGAUAGUGGAUCAUAUUUUCAUGGUCCACAAAAUGGCGUUCCUCCGUACGGUCGAGGUUAUGCUCCAUUUACUAGAGGUGGCGAGGGAAUGUUUCAUCACCAACCACCUCAUUUCAGGGGAGGUUAUCAUGGUAUGCCUCCGUUUAGAGGUAGAAAUGGUGGAUAUUCGGGGCCAAGGUAUGGGCCACCUGUUGGUAUGCCAGGUAAUUAUUACAGACAUCCAUUUGAUAGCCCAAUGCACAAUGGUUUCUUUUAUGGCAGGGAAGGAAAUUUCAACAGUGACAUGAAUAGAAACACAAACUGGCGAGGAAAUAAUAGAAAACAAUUUAAUCCCACAAAGUCUUUCAAUAGCAAUUUUACACAAAAGCUUGACUCAACAAAGAAGGAACGUAAUCAAAAUGAAUUGCCGUCAAAUACUGUGAAAUCUAAUAACACUCCGUCUGCUUCUGGUUCAAGAGAGUCAUCUCCACAAUUCAUGAGCUGGCAGAAUAUUAAAGAUUCUGAUAAGAAUGGUCAAUUAACUGAGAACAUGUUAUCAAAUUUUGGAAACAAUCGAGCAAGCUCAAGUGGUUCACUUGAUUCUCUUGAUGAUAUUGUGAACUAUGAAGCUAAUCGAGCAUCAGACAAUCAGAAUGUGUUGAAUGGAACGUCUGCUGCGUCAGCUAGCAGGUCAUUUCCAGAUGUUGGUGUUGAUAUGGGCAUGAGUGAAUUCUUGUCGAAAGAUAGUCUCGGAGUUCCAUCCGGAAUGUUCACUGAUAAUAUAAAGAAUUAUUACAGAUAGAAUAUUGUUUACAAUUCAUGCCUGACAUUAGUGUUUCAUAAUGAAAAUGCAUGAUAAUUAUACAAAUGUAAUUAAUUCCAUUCCUUUGUCAUUGAUCAAAUCUAUUGUUGAGGUUUAUUUUUGUGGUUUAUUCUUUUGUAUGCUUUAUUUUAUUUAUUUUUUGGACAUGAAAAACUUGGUAGCUGAUGCUAAGCACAAUUGAACGGAUUGAAUGUAGGAGUAUUUAGAUGAGUUCUCAAAUAAAAUAAAAUUGUUAAUGUCAAAUUGGUGCCAUAUUUACCAUAGAGCUGUCAUUGAUAGAAACAAUCCUGAUGUAUUGUCGCUGUUUUUCUGUAUAUUGAUAAUACAUUUUUGAAAAAAUCAGUAAGUUUGACUAAUUAUUUCAAUGUCUAGAAAUUAUGAAAAUUAACCCAAAACAUAUGCAGAAACAGAUGGCCAUGUCUAACACUAUGCAAUCUUUACUUAAUGGCAAGGGCAAGGCUAAAUUAAUUGUCUGUUUUGCCCAGGUCGUCCUAUAGGAUGUACGGACAAGUGGAAAUUUUCAAGAAUUUACUAUAUAAAAUUUCAUACCGACAAGUUAAGAAAUGCUUCAGAUAAAAAUGGACUAGUAAGUCAAAAUUAGAUUUUGCCGGACCUGAAUGGACAUAUUUCAAAGCAGUGAUAAUAAAAAAUGGUCAGGAAAAAGUUAUACAUUGGGCAUUUAUAAACAAGAUAAAUCAUAAAUAUAUGAACAGAUUAUGUACUUUACUAAAAUCAUUUAAACAGGUAUGAAAAUGAAAUACAGACAAAUUAUUAUGGGUAUAUAGGUGUAUUGUCAAUAUUUGUCAUCGGAUAUCGAUGUAUCUUUCAUAUGCUAAGCAUUGAACCAAUGACAGCUCUAGUUUACUGUAUGUUUUCAUUUGAUAAGUAUAUGUUUUAUGUGAUAAAAGUGACCAUAAUCAGAAUUUGGUGCAAAUGUACAACAACAUUUUAACUGCUUUUACAUCCUUAUAGGUGUAUGUUAAAUGUUUUGUUUUUUUUUUGUUUUGUUUUUUUUCUUUCAAAAACUUGUUUGCUUUAUUUCAACUUUUUAUUUUAUCAAAUGUUUUCAUUUUGUAAAUGAUGUGAUAAAAGGGACCAUAAUCAGAUUUGGUGCAACGGUGCAACUGUACAACAGCGUUUUUGCUCCCUAUACAUCCUUAUAAAAAUAUAUGUUAAAUAUUAUUUUUUAAAAAACUUAUUUCCUUUAUUUCAACUCUGCACAAGGAACAGUCCUCACAUUUUGAUGUAUUAAUUGAAUAUAUAAAUACCAUUUUUAUAAAUAAAUGAUAAAGACUAGUUUUUUUUAUUGAUUUUUGAUAAUUAUGUAGUACUUUGUAUUUUUAUAAAAAAAAAAGUUGCCAUCAAUUGUUGCCAUAAAGUAAUAGCAUUUUCCACAUGAAUUACUAUUGAUAAUUGCAGCAGAUUAUGUUAAUUUAUGGCUUCAAGUGCGAGUGGUUUAAGUCUCAAAUUAGUAACCCUUCACUGCUGUAGGUUCAAAGUGCGGCCACCAUAGACUGCAUAGAAAUCUUUAUAGGAAGCUAUCCACUGAGCUUGUGAAAGGUCUGUAGUUCUACUCAAGUGCCAGCUUGUGCCUUAAAUGAUACUUGAAAGAGACAAUUGUGAUUUUCCUACACCAAAUAUAAAGCUAGGAAGCCACAAAUUACUUUGUUAGAAAUAAGUGUAUGAAUAUUUGGGAAUGUAUGAAACUCAAGAAUGUUCAAUAUUUUUAUUUUACGCAGGAAAACUUACAAUUUUUUGUGGGUGUUUCAACUUUUGAAAUUUUAUAAAACAUAUUGAUUACCAUCGUGACUUUGAAAUUAAGUAUUUUUAUUAUGUGUUAUAGCGAAAUACAUUUCCAAGGGGCAGAUAAUCCUGAAAGCUUAUAUAUGCUUAAUUAUUUCCCUUUUUGGACUGAGUAUUUGCCUUUUUCGCAAAAAACUGUUGAAGGUAUUCUCUUCAAACUUUAAAAUACUUGUUGAUUAUCAAAAUAAGGUAAGUCUGCUAAGCAUGUUUGAAGAAUGAUGCCGCUUUUCAUGUGUUGCCUUGUUUUUUUCAACUAUCCAACAUGGAGAAAAAUUGAGCGUGCUGACUGCUGGCAGGUCUUGUUUAAUGUGUUUAGCAUAUAGCAUAUAAAUGAUGAAAAAUGAUGCAAAUAUGUAGGAAGUAAAUAGCAAUUAAAUGAAACAUAAUGUGACAGUUUAGUUAUGUUUGUAAAUAAUUAUACUUGCAUAGAUCCUAUUCAUAGGAACACUUUAGGUAAAUAAUUAACUAAUAAUUACAUACUUUACAGUGGACGGUGAAAUUCUAUUUUGAUAAUUUCACCGUGAAAUUAUAAAAAUAUAAUCUUUAGAGUAGCUGGACUGUAUCUGAAUUUGGAUGGAAAAAAAAUUAAAUCUUAAAUGAUGAAAAAUGAUGCAAAUAUGUAGGAAGUAAAUAGCAAUUAAAUGAAACAUAAUGUGACAGUUUAGUUAUGUUUGUAAAUAAUUAUACUUGCAUAGAUCCUAUUCAUAGGAACACUUUAGGUAAAUAAUUAACUAAUAAUUACAUACUUUACAGUGGACGGUGAAAUUCUAUUUUGAUAAUUUCACCGUGAAAUUAUAAAAAUAUAAUCUUUAGAGUAGCUGGACUGUAUCUGAAUUUGGAUGGAAAAAAAAUUAAAUCUUAAAUGAUGAAAAAUGAUGCAAAUAUGUAGGAAGUAAAUAGCAAUUAAAUGAAACAUAAUGUGACAGUUUAGUUAUGUUUGUAAAUAAUUAUACUUGCAUAGAUCCUAUUCAUAGGAACACUUUAGGUAAAUAAUUAACUAAUAAUUACAUACUUUACAGUGGACGGUGAAAUUCUAUUUUGAUAAUUUCACCGUGAAAUUAUAAAAAUAUAAUCUUUAGAGUAGCUGGACUGUAUCUGAAUUUGGAUGGAAAAAAAAUUAAAUCUUAAAUGAUGAAAAAUGAUGCAAAUAUGUAGGAAGUAAAUAGCAAUUUAAUGAAACAUAAUGUGACAGUUUAGUUAUGUUUGUAAAUGAUUAUACUUGCAUAGAUCCUAUUCAUAGGAACACUUUAGGUAAAUAGUAAUUAACUAAUAAUUACAUACUUUACAGUUGAGAGUGAAAUUCUAUUUUGAUAAUUUCACCAUGAAAUUAUAAAAAUAUAAUCUUUAGAGUAGCUGGACUGUAUCUGAAUUUGGAUGGAAAAAAAUUAAAUCUUAAAUAAGCCGAAAUAUUGUCAGAAAUACACUCUGUCGUGAGUAAACUGUGCUGGAUUACAAGAAGUAUAUAAAUACCUGCACAGAUCAUUUUAGAAAUGUAACAAAAUUAAUAAAAUUUUACAGAAUUUAUGAUUUUUGAAAAAUGUGAUGUCAUGAUUUGAUGAUGUCAUAUAUGAGAGCACAUAAGGUUACACGGAAAUUAUUCUGUAAAAAUGACUUAAACCUGUUAAAAGGCAUACAAUAAAUAGAAACUGUGUUUGUUUUGUAUGAAAAUGUGUUUGUUUUGUAUGAAAAGGUGUUUGUUUUGUAUUAUACUGUUAUGAUCAAAUUAUAUUUCACUUGUGAACACCAGAUUUUAUAUUAUCAUGAGUGGCAUGCCAUUCAUGUAAAUAUUACAUCUAGUGUUCACUCAAUGAAAUAUAUUUUAAUCUUACAUGCAAAACAAACAAAAAUAAUGUCCUCUAUUUGCAUAAUUUAGGUACACUUUUAUCUGUGUUGACUUCAAGCUACAUGUAGUCUUACAUUGAAAUACUAAAUAUUAAAAAAACUGUUCAUAAUUUAAAGCUUAGAAGCUUUGUUUAAACAAAAUAAAUCUAAAAUUUGUUUGUAUGUUUGUAAUUUGUGUGUCUGUUUGGUGGAGCAAGAAAGAAUUUAGGCUAUUAAGACAUUACAUCUGUGAUGUUUUGUUGUAGAUUGCAAUCAUAUUAAGGAUCUCCCUCUGUCUUUCACCAUAUUUUGUCUGGUCUUUCUCAUUUCAUCAUAGUUUGUCUGGCCUCGAGGUUAUAAAACUUUUUUCUGAGUGUCUUUUUUUUCAAAUCUCAGAUUUUUCAUUGGUCAAUGUUCAUUUUGUGGGGAUUUUCUGACCAAUCAAAUAACUGAGAUCUGAGUUUGAGCUUAGAGAAUUUUUUUAUAACCUCCAACGCUGGGCUUUCUUGCUUACUGUUAGAAAAGUAGUUAUAGUAUUAUAAUUUAUACAAGAUUGAUUCUGUUCUACUGGAUCAGUUUCAAAUACACCAUGUGGGAACACUUUCUGGGUGCAGAACUUUUUUAGCUCACCUGUCACAAAGUGACAGGGUGAGCUUUUGUGAUCGCUUUUCGUCCGGCGUCCGUCCGUCAUCCGUCCGUCAGUUGUCUGUCUGUCGUCCGUAAACUUUUGCUUCAAAUGACAUCUCCUCAUAAACCACUAAGCCAAUUUCAUCCAAACUUCACAGGAAUGUUCCUUUGGUGGUCACCUUUAAAAAUUGUUCAAAGAAUUUAAUUCCAUGCAGAACUCUGGUUGCAAUGGCAACCGAAAGAAAAAACUUUAAAUAUCUUCUUUUAAAGAACCCAAAGAGCUAGAGCUUAGAUAUUUGGCAUGAAACAUCUUCUAAUGAGUGUCUACCAAGUUUGUUCAAAUAAAAGCCAUUGGGUCAAAAUUGGCCCCGCCCAAGGGGGUCAUUGAUUUUCCCUAUAUGCAUAUAGUAAAAACUUAAAAAAUCUUCUUUUAAAGAACCCAAAGAGCUAGAGCUAAGAUAUUUAGCAUGAAACAUCUUCUAGUGAGUGUCUACCAAGUUUGUUCAAAUAAAAGCCCUGGAGUCAAAAUUGGCCCCGCCCCAGGGGUCAUUGAUUUUCCCUAUAUGCAUAUAGUAAAAUUUUAAAAAUCUUCUUUUAAAGAACCCAAAAAGCUAGAGCUAAGAUAUUUAGCAUGAAACAUGUUUUAAUGGAUGUCAACCAAGUUUGUUCAAAUAAGAGCCCUGGGGUCAAAAUUGGCCCUGCCCCGGGGGUCAUUGAUUUUCCUUAUAUGUGUAUAGCAAAAACUUAAAAAAUCUUCUUUGAAAAAACCCAAAUAGCUAGAGUUUAGAUACUAAGCAUGAAACAUCUUCUAGUGAGUGUCUACCAAGUUUGUUCAAAUAAAAGCCCUGGGGUCAAAAUUGGCCCCGCCCCAGGGGUCAUUGAUUUUCCUUAUAUGUGUAUAACAAAAACUUAAAAAAUCUUCUUUGAAAAAACUCAAAUGGCUAGAGUUUAGAUAUUAAGCACGAAGCAUCUUCUAGUGAGUGUUCAAAUAAAAGCCCUGGGGUCAAAAUUGGCCCCGCCCCAGGGGACAUUGAUUUUCCUUAUAUGAGCCGCGUCACGACAAAACCAACAUAAUGGGUUUGCGACCAGCAUGGAUCCAGACCAGCCUGUGCAUUCGCGCAGUCUGAUCAGGAUCCAUGCUGUGCGCUUACAGACCCUAUAACAAGUAAAGAAACUGCUAGCGAACAGCAUGGAUCGUGAUCAGACUGCGUGGAUGCGCAGGCUUAUCUGGAUAAAUGCUGGUCGCAAACCCACUAUGUUGGUUUUGUCAUGACGCGGCUCAUAUGUGCCCUGGGGGUCAUUGAUUUUGUUAUAAGUGUAUAGCAAAAACUUAAAAAAUCUUCUUUUAAAGAACCCAAAGAGCUAGAGUUUAGAUAUUAAGCAUGAAACAUCUUCUAGUGAGUGUCUACAAAGUUUGUUCAAAUAAAAGUCCUGGGGUCAAAAUUGGCCCCACCCGGGGAUCAUUGAUUUUCCUUAUAUGUAUAUAGCAAAAACUUAAAAAUCUUUUUUCGAAAAAUCCGAAUAGCUAGAGUUCAGAUAUUAAGCAUGAAACAUUUUCUAGUAAGUGUCUACAAAGAUUGUUCAAAUAAAAGCCCUUGGGUCCAAACUGGCCCUGCCCCAGGUGUGUCAUUGUUUUUAACUAUAUGUUUAAAGAAAAAACUUGACCAGCUAGACCUUAGAUGUUUAGCAUGAAACAUCUUCUAAUGGGUGUCUACCAAGUUUGUUCAAAUAAAAGCCCUGGGGUUUAAACUGGCCCUGCUACGGGGGCCUAUAUACAGGUGAGCGACUUCAGGGCCAUCAUGGCCCUCUUGUUUUAGAUAUUAGAUAAUUCUAUGGAAUUAAUAAAUGAUUUUGCAUUAUUUUAAGAUAAUUCUAUGGAUUAAAAAAUUGUUACAUUUUUCAAUACAAUUACUAUAAAUUGUUGACAAAUUUCAAGUAAUAUUUUGAUGUAAUGUCACUCAGAUUUUCACCAUUUACUUGUUAUUUAUUUGUAUGUUAAUCCUUUAUUACCUUACAGUAAUUUUGUAUAUGUGGAAAAAGAGGUAGUGGUUAAGGAAAAUUUGUUCUGUUAAAUAGAAUCCUUGCAUCACUAAAUAUCUUAAAGGGACUUGACCAUCUGUCAAUCUGGGCAAAAAUUCUUAUCAUAUUCAGAGGAAAUUUCAAAAUUUAAACUGACUGAAUAGUGACAUUAUGGAUAUGCCGGUUGAUCUUAGUCUGCACUGGUUGCUAGGGUAUAAUCUCAUUAUACCAGCAUGCUUAUUGAGUUAACAUUGCCAUUUAUUUUUGUGUGCAAUCUAUGUCUGUUUAUUUUGUUUAUUUAGAUUAAUUAUAAGUGCCAUAGAUAUUUUUUGAUGAUUAAAAUUGGGCGCAAAAUAUAAGUCAUGCUUCACAUUUGCUGUACAAUUCUUUUAUUUGAUGUUUUCAUUUGUUUUUUUUAUUACUUAUUUGUUCACCUUUUGUUUAUUUUUGCUCUUUUUUAUUUGAUUGUUUAUUUUUGUUCUGUUCUGUAAAUUCUAUGAUAAUUUUAUGUGUUUUACAUGGACUUGUACUAUUAAUUUUGUCUACUACUUUGUUAUAAUUAUUUCAGUGCAUGGAAUCACAUGACCUGAAAUUGUUGAACUAAAAAAGAAAGUAAGUAAUCUUUACCAUGAUAUAUAAACACUUUCAUCUAUUUUAUUGUGAACAUUUAUAACUGCUCAUUGUGAAUGCCAUGAAUACCAGUAUUAAAAUGACAACAACAAAAAAUAAUGAAAAGAAAAUUCCUGAGAAUAUAAAGUUUUAAUUUUUUUCAUAGAUCUACUAGAAAUAUAAUGCCAAAGACAAGAAAUAUACCCAAAAAUAAAAUUGAAAAUCAAAUUUUUGUGCUAUUCCUAGCCCGAUUUGAAUGGACAUUUACACAAUUGGAAUAAUUAUUUUUAAACACAGAGUGAGCAAUUGAUUUGAAAUUGUGCUCACAAUGUUAUUGGUCAUGUCCCAGAUCAAAUGGAACAUUAAUCUCGAAAAAUUAUUUCCAGUCCAGUCAUGUCAAAAAACUUAAGUUGAGUCCCUUUAAGUCAAGUUUUGUAGCAUAACUUCAAAUGGUACAUACAUGUUGUUGAAAGGUACAUGACUUUACAACAUUAACUGCUGAUGCCAUCACCCGCUAGCUUUUUGGUGCUCAAGCUUUUUAUGACAUUCCAAAGGCAUGUUUAACAUUGAAAUAGAAGAUUUCGCAUGGAAGAGUUAAAAAUGCAAACUUAGUAAAAAUUUUGCUUAAAAAAUUUAUGUGUGCAAAAGUAAUAUUUUGUAAAUUAUUUUAGGUUGUGCCAUUCUUCACACUGAUGAUUUAUUGCAUUGUAAAACAAGAUUAGUUUUUUGAAACUGAUUAUAGGAAAAUUACAACAUACUUCAUUGAUUAUAUUGAUCUAAAGCAAUUAAACACAAGGUUGUAGUAUUUAUGUUAACUGAUAAAGAAAUUAGUUCUUUAGUUUUUAUGUUUAAAUAAAAAGUACGGAGCUAUUA